CCACUUGGAGGUUGCUACAGCGUGGAGGUCUGCUGCCGUUUCUGGACUAAGAUGGCGGCAGUGAGAGUCCUGAGGAGCUGGAGUCGGAGCACCCGGCACCUGAGUUGUGUUCAUCAUAUUCAAAUGUGCAGUAGUGUUCAUGUUGUGAAGCCAAAAUAUACAUGUCUCUUUGGUUAUUCUUCUUUCAAGUUUAGUCAUCCACAUCGGUUAUUGAGAACAACUAGUACUGUAAAUGGACAAAUCCUUCAGUUUAAACUCUCAGACAUUGGAGAAGGGAUUACAGAAGUGACAAUUAAAGAAUGGUAUGUAAAAGAAGGAGAUACUGUGUCUCAGUUUGAUAGCAUCUGUGAAGUUCAAAGUGAUAAAGCUUCUGUUACCAUCACUAGUCGUUAUGAUGGUAUCAUUAGAAAACUCUACUAUGGUGUAGAUCAGAUUGCCCUUGUGGGAAAGCCAUUAAUAGACAUAGAAACAGAAGCUUUAAAAGAUUCAGAAGAAGAUGUUGUUGAAACUCCUGCAGUGUUUCAUGAUGAACAUACACAUCAAGAGAUAAAGGGCCACAAAACACUAGCAACUCCUGCAGUUCGUCGCCUUGCCAUGGAAAACAAUAUAAAACUGAGUGAAGUUGUUGGAACAGGAAAAGACAGUAGAAUCCUUAAAGAAGAUAUUCUCAAUUAUUUGGCAAAGCAGACAGGAGCUAUUUUACCUCCAUCACCAAAGUCUGAAAUCAUCCCACCUGUAAUAAAAUCUGAAACAAUUCAAUCUAUUCCUCUACCAGUGCUGAAACCUAAAGUAUUUACAGGCAAAGAUAGAACAGAACCCAUAACAGGCUUUGAGAAAGCUAUGGUCAAGACCAUGUGUAUGGCCAUGAAGAUUCCUCAUUUUGGUUAUUGUGAUGAAGUUGACCUUACUCAACUGAUUAAGCUACGAGAAGAAUUAAAGCCCAUAGCUUUAGCCCGUGGAAUUAAACUCUCCUUUAUGCCUUUUUUCUUAAAGGCUGCAUCUUUGGGAUUAUUGCAAUUUCCUAUCCUAAACGCUUCAGUGGAUGAAAACUGCCAGAAUAUAACAUAUAAGGCUUCUCAUAAUAUUGGAAUUGCUAUGGAUACUGAACAAGGGCUUAUUGUCCCCAAUGUGAAAAAUGUUCAACUCUGUAGUGUGUUUGAGAUUGCCAUUGAAUUAAAUCGUCUGCAGAAACUGGGUUCUGCAAAUCAGCUGGGAACUGCUGAUAUCACAGGGGGAACAUUUACGUUGUCCAACAUUGGAUCAAUUGGUGGUACCUAUGCCAAACCAUUGAUAUUGCCACCAGAAGUAGCAAUUGGAGCUCUUGGAGCCAUAAAGGCUGUGCCUCGGUUUAAUGAGAAAGAUGAAGUAAUCAAAACACAAAUAAUGAAUGUGAGCUGGUCCGCUGAUCAUAGAAUUAUUGAUGGUGCUACAAUGGCCCGCUUCUCUAAUUUAUGGAAAUCCUACUUGGAAAAUCCAGCUUCUAUGCUGCUAGAACUGAAAUAAAUAUUGAUUUGAAACAUUCUUGAACUUUCUGGGCAUCAGAAGAAUGUAUAAAACCUAGCUAUGCUAGAACAUGUUCUUUAUUGAAAUUCAUAUUAUGUGAAUGAUUAUAUUACAUGACCAAGAUCCUACAGUAAAAUGCCAGUCUCUCUUACCAUGUUGCAUCUUUUUUAAACUUAAACGUUCAGCUUUAUUGUAACUCUCUUAAGGUUGUCAGGUUUUAUAAAACAGUGUGACGUGUAACAUCUUAAUGUAGUACUGAAGUCUUAGAUGUAAGGGAUGCUGGUAACAGCAAGACUGACAUUACUAAAAACUAGUAUCUACAUAUGCUAUCUCAGUAUGACAUUUUAACUGUCUCUUAAGGGUUGGGAAAAGGAAUUUAUAUACAAUAAUAUUUCUCUGCCCAGUAUUAAUUAUACAGAUUCUUAAAUAAAGUGCACUUAUGUUUAUCUUUAAA